UAUUCAUAUGCCUUUGUACACGUAGAUAUGCCAGGGCUUCCAGGGGGCGCAGGCGUGAGCCUCCUGGCUGACUCCUGGUUCACCGCAUCAGGUGAAUAUAGAAGACAUGGAGUUACAUUCGUCGAUGGGCUCAUCGAUGCAUCACCAUGAUCAACCUGUGGGUCAUCACUGCAAUUGCAUUGAGUUUCUUCAGUUGUUGCGCCGAGUCCCAGUCUCAGAUCAAACUCUUGGUUGUCGUGGAAAACUCUGAUGUCAGCGUCGUGAAGCUACUGGAUGAUGUCAUACCGGCAGCUGAGAAAGCUCAUGAGAGUGAUAAAGUUAGUGUUGAUGUCAAGUCGGUGCAAGUUGAUCGGCACAAUGUCGAAGGGAGCUUCCAGCAAGUGUGCGCUGCACUCUUUGAUGGCAUCACCCUGGUAUUGGAUACCACGUACACCGGGUGGGAUAAACUGCAGGCUCUGGCUUACAAUAAUUCGAUUCUGUAUUUAAGAACAGGUGGCUCAAUUAUUCCCUAUGUUCAAGCCAUUGACGACUUGCUGCUGAAAAAAAAUGCGACAGACGUUGCGUUGAUAUUCGAGAAUACACGAGACCUGAACGAGUCGCUUUAUUAUCUCAUCGGCAACUCGAUAAUACGAUUAGUCGUCAUUGACGAUUUAUCCGAGGUCACAGUCUCUAGGAUACGAUUAAUGAGACCGUCACCAUCGUAUUAUGCAAUUUAUUCCAGCACCGCCAGGAUGGGAAGUCUCUUUAAAAUGGCCAUGGAUGGAGAGUUGGUGAAGCGACAUGGCAUCUGGAAUCUUGUCUUCACGGAUAUGAAAUACAAGAAAUUCCCUUAUAUAUCGGGUCCAGAUAUGUUGAGCACGAUGGUGGGAGUUCUAUCGAUGAAUCCGAGCGUUUGUUGUAGACUCAUUGGUGAACAUCCGUGUACUUGUCCACAGGAUUUUGAAGUAUUUCCAAAAUUCUUCGAAAAAUUGAUUUUCCUUCUGGUUUCCACCAUCACGCAAAUUCAAAAAUCAGGAAUUGAUGUGGAGCCGAUAAAGGGCCAGUGUACGACUACAGAUGAGAGUCCUACGAUAGAUCCUGAAAAAAAUGCCACACUCAGGACGUUUUACUCGACUUUGACAGCAAAAAUAGAAUCGGAUAGCGAUGUCUUCGAAUAUUCAAGAGAUCGAUAUCUGAUUCAAAUGCGUGCCGAAAUCAACCUGGAGACCCUUGAGGGGGGUAACUUGGAGAUGUUAGGAAAUUGGACGAAAAAGAAUGGAAUCAUGGCGGCACCGGGAAAGGACAUACAGCCGGCCAAGAGGUACUUUCGUGUUGGAACUGCCGAGGCUUUACCUUGGACAACAAAGAAAAGAGAUCCUGUUACUGGGGAAAUAAUGAAAGACAAAGAUGGAAAAAUCAUAUGGGAAGGCUAUUGCAUCGAUUUUAUCCAAAAAUUAUCGGAAAAAAUGAAUUUUGAUUACGACUUAGUAAUUCCUGAGGACAAUUCCUUCGGUCAGAAACUGCCAAGCGGAAAAUGGAAUGGUCUAGUUGGGGAUCUGUCACGAGGUGAGACUGACAUUGCCAUUGGUGCUCUAACAAUGACCUCCGAGCGAGAGGAAGUCAUAGACUUUGUCGCACCGUAUUUCGAGCAGUCCGGGAUUCUCAUAGUAAUGAGAAAACCUGUGAGAGAGACAUCUCUUUUCAAAUUUAUGACUGUUCUGAGGGUCGAGGUGUGGCUGAGCAUAGUGGGAGCUCUCACCCUGACAGCUAUUAUGAUCUGGAUAUUGGAUAAGUACUCGCCCUACAGUGCCAGGAACAAUAAGAGGAUUUACCCAUAUCCCUGCAGGGAGUUUACCCUGAAGGAGAGUUUCUGGUUCGCCCUGACAUCAUUCACCCCCCAAGGAGGUGGUGAGGCCCCCAAAGCACUGUCCUCCAGGACUCUCGUAGCAGCUUAUUGGCUCUUCGUUGUUCUUAUGCUCGCCACUUUUACCGCAAAUCUAGCGGCCUUUCUCACCGUGGAAAGAAUGCAGGCACAAGUGCAAUCACUGGAGCAACUGGCGAGACAGUCGAGAAUUAAUUACACUGUGGUAGCUAAUUCCACAACUCAUCAGUAUUUCCAGAAUAUGAAAAACGCGGAGGAUAAACUUUACAAUGUGUGGAAAGAAAUUACUUUGAAUAGUACGAGUGAUCAGGUAGAGUACAGAGUCUGGGAUUAUCCCAUAAAAGAGCAAUACGGUCAUAUUCUGCAAUCAAUUAAUACAGUUGGACCCGUAAAAGACUCGAAGGAGGGCUUUCGAAAGGUCAUUGAGAGUGAAAAAGCGGAAUUCGCGUUUAUCCAUGAUUCGUCAGAGAUCAAAUACGAGGUGACGAGGAGUUGCAAUUUAACGGAAAUUGGUGAGGUAUUUUCGGAACAGCCUUAUGCUGUGGCUGUACAACAGGGGAGUCAUCUUCAAGAAGAGAUAAGCAGAAAAAUUCUAGAUCUACAGAAGGAUAGAUACUUUGAAACUCUUUCAGCCACAUAUUGGAAUGCUUCAUUGAAGGGAACAUGUUCCGUUGCUGAUGAGAAUGAGGGAAUAACGUUGGAAUCGUUGGGUGGUGUUUUCAUCGCCACUUUGUUUGGGCUUGCUCUCGCCAUGAUAACACUGGCAGGUGAAGUGAUAUAUUAUCGUAAGAGAAAUGCAGCCGAGGGUAUCAAAUCAAAGGAAGCGAAUGGUGAGCACGUGCGCAGCGGUGAGGAUAGACUUUCAAAAGGAAGACUCGGGUUUAAACCUGCACCCACAAUCGCCUUCAUUGGAAAGUCUCAGACAGGUCCGAGAUCACGAAUUUCACACAUUUCAGUUUAUCCCAAAAAUUUCCCAUUCAAGGAGUGAGUGGACGUUGAAUGAAUAAGAAAAAAGACGUGGAAAAUUACUUGUACAAGAGAUUUCAAAAUUAAGACCUUUGUGAUUUUGCACAGGAAAAUUAUUGAUAAAUUGAAAAACAUUUGGAAUAUUUUGGCUGUAAAUAAAUUUCAAAAUUCAACCUCCUUUUUAUCGUAAGUAGAGAAAUUGAUGCAUUUUUUGACACCUCAUGAAGUUAGUGAAAUGAAUUCUUUUUUUAUUUCACCGUAGCCAUUUUCAAAGGGGCUUUACCGAAAAAGAAUAUUUGCAAUAUCUGUGUUCUAAAUAAAAUCGCAAACUCAUUUGUAUUUCAUGAUACGUUAAGAAUAGUGACAGUUUUUCACUUUAUGCCAAAAAUCACAGUUUAUGAAGCAACUGAUACUAGUUAUUUAUGAAAAUGAGGAAAGAUAUUCGAAAGAAUACCGAUAUAUUGUAAAAUGUUAGUCCUUAAGCCUGAUUAAAUUUCACAGAAAAAAAAGAGUGGGAAAAUUAAAAAACGGGAAAUUAGGGCGAUCCAGCUACUACAGUACAAAAAAUCUAAGAAUGUUUUAUAUAAGCUUGAAAUCAAAAUACAUACCAUUAAGAAUAAAAGGUUUUGCUUCUUC